CGGCUGGGAGGCGGUAACGGCCGACGCGGGGCUCUGGGGGGCGGCAGUGAGUCCGGGGCACGGCCCGAAGCGGCCCGGGCAGGGCAGGGUAGGGCGCGGCCCUCCUCCUCGGGAGGAGGAGAAGGUGCCGCUACCUGCCCACGGCGGGGCGGGCCGCCCUGCCGGUAUUUAGGGGAGCGUUGCUGCCCCGGGCGGGUGGCUGCGGUGCGAUGAAGGGCGACGACGGUAUCGAGAACCUGGCGUUCGAGCCCCCUACCCCUGACUUCGGCGGUCGGCGCCGUGCGAGCCCCGCCGGGGCAGGUGCCGCUGCCGAUGCUCCGCCGGCGCAGGAGACUGAGGAGGGGCCCUGCGGCUGGGGCCGCUGCGCCCCUAAGGCUCUGCAGUUCUGCAACACCCCGGAGGGCUACCUGGUUGCCUACAGCCUGCUGGCCAUCUUUCAAGGUGUUGUGGUAAAUGGCCUGAUUAACGUCAGUAUCACAACAAUUGAGAAGCGCUAUGAGUUGAACAGCUCCCUUACUGGCUUGAUAUCUGCAAGCUAUGACAUUGCGUUUUGUGUAUUGUCACUGUUCGUAUCUUUCUUUGGAGAAAGAGGGCACAAACCACGAUGGCUGGCUUUCUCAGCUUUUAUGCUAGGAUUGGGCUCCCUUGUAUUUUCCUUACCGCACUUCAGUAGUGGAAAAUAUCACCAUGGAGCUAAACUUGAAGAUACAUGUCAGAUUUCAGGAACAAGCUCUGCUAAUUUCACUUGCAGUACCAGGACAAAGUCUUCACUUUCCAAUUAUCUCUAUGUCUUUAUACUGGGACAGCUGCUGCUGGGAGUUGGAGGAACUCCUUUGUAUACUUUGGGGACAGCUUUUAUUGAUGAUAGUGUUCCAAAGCACAAAUCUUCCCUUUAUAUAGGAAUUGGCUAUGCCAUGUCAUUGCUUGGGCCUGCUAUUGGCUAUGUCUUAGGAGGACAGCUACUUAAUAUUUAUAUUGAUAUCAAGAUCCCAGAAAGUACACAGAUGGACCAAGAUGAUCCACGCUGGCUUGGAGCAUGGUGGAUAGGAUUCCUUGUAUGCUUUUUUGCAAUUUGGUUUCUGAUAAUACCAUUUUCAUGCUUUCCGAAAUACUUGCCGGGAACAGCAAAAAUACAGGCAGAAAAAGUCUCUGAAACCCAUAAUGAUGGAAGUGAGGCACUUGUUGAAACAAAGAAUAUUGGAAAAAAUUUUAAAGACUUUCCUAUUGCUCUCCUGAUUUUAUUGAAGAAUCCUGUGCUUAUGAGUCUAAUACUAGCCAGCACCUCAGAAGCUUUAGUUGCCACUGGCUUUGCCACAUUCCUACCGAAGUUUAUAGAAAAUCAGUUUGGAAUGACAUCAAGUUUUUCAGCAACUCUUGGAGGGCUUGUAUUAGUUCCGGCAGCAGCAAUAGGCCAAGUCAUAAGUGGCAUCUUGGUAUCCAAGUACAAAAUGGAUUGCAAAAACAUAAUCAAGUUCAUCAUAGGCACUUGUUCAGUUGCCUUUCUGUUAAACACAGUCUUUUUAGUUGCUAAAUGUGGGAAUGAGCCUUUUGCUGGUGUUUCUGAAACAUAUAAUGGAACAGGCACGCUACAUAACUUAACAGCACCAUGCAAUGCUAACUGCAGAUGCUCCACUUCCAGAUACUACCCUGUUUGUGGCAGAGAUGAAGUCCAGUACUUUUCUCCGUGUUUUGCAGGAUGUACAUCGUCUAAUCUUAGUAACAAGAAAAAGACUUACUACAACUGUUCGUGUAUUGGGAAGCUGAAGAGAGAAAACGCUUCAGAAGACUUUCUCUUUGAAGCUAUAUCUGGGAAAUGUUCAACACGAUGCAAACAUUUACCUUUAUUUCUGAUCUAUUUCUUUUUUGCUGUUGUUUUUACAUUUAUGGCUGUUACUCCGUCUACUGUGGCCGUUCUCAGAUGUGUGCCAGAUAAGCAGCGCUCAUUUGCUCUUGGAGUGCAGUCAGUGUUUCUACGACUACUAGGUACUGUUCCUGGACCAAUUUUGUUUGGCUUUGCAAUAGAUAAGAGUUGUUCUCUGUGGGAUGUUGAUGAAUGUAAAACUAAAGGAGCCUGCUGGGUUUAUGACAAUGAAAAAAUGGCAUAUCUUUUGAUGAGCAUGAGUGCUGCUUGCAAAAUCAUCACGAUCAUCUUUGUGAUCAUGGCAGUGUUUUUGUAUAAACCUCCACGGCCAAGGCCAGUUCUGCCACAAAAGGAUUCAGAAAUGGUAUCUGCUAUACAUGCAUAAAUUUUGAGCAAAUCAGUGACUUUCAAAACAGAUUAAGAGUAAGCUUCACUGUGUACAUUUAAAAAAAGACCCUUAAAUUUCUAGUCUCAUUUAUAACUUGAAUAAAAUGUGGUAGAAUAUUCCAAUCUCUGUUAUCCCCCACGCCCUCACUUUGUCUCCCUUCCCCCCUCUCCCCUCCCUCACCCACCCAAUCAAAAAAAAAAAAAGGCAAAA